AUGUUCAAAGACUUCCUGGCUUAUUCUCAGCCUACGAAGAAGAUACCCACCGCUUUGGAGCAAAAUGGGAAAGGAGGUGUGAAAGCUGAGCGAAAACGUGUGCCAAAGUCUUCACUGCAGCAGAGUGAAGGACAAACAGACGAGAAGGGAAGUAAAGAAAGGCGUGAUGGGAGGAGAUUAGAGAAAGGGAGGUCUCAAGACUACUCCGACUUCCCUCCCCAUUUCGAGGAAGGCAAGACGGUUAAUGAAGAAAAACAGAGGAAAGAAGAUGAAUAUACCCGAUAUAGAAGCGAUCCCAAUCUUGCAAGGUACCCUGUGAAACCCCACCCGGAAGAACAGCAGAUGCGCAUGCAUGCAAAAGUUUCCAAAGUGCGGCAUGAGAGAAGACACAGCGAUGUUGCCUUGCCUCACACUGAAGUUGAGGAGCCCGAGGUGCCUGAGAAUAACCUUGGAAAGCAUUCCCAGUUGCAAGGAACUCAGGAUAUGAAAUCCCACGUGGAUGCCCAGAGGACACAUCCAAUAGAAAGAGCAGGCGAUGUUAGGAUUUCUGUUUCUAAACAAUUGAUUUCUCAUGCCCCAUCAUCGCCUCGCCACAGCAUGGUUCUUACGGAACAUUUGGAAUCCAAAAAUCACGAUUCCUUCAAAGCACAAACUCGCUUAGAUCCCAGCUCUGCCAUUCUCAGCCGGAAAGCAAAGCGGGAGAAAAUAGAAACCAUGCUAAGGAACGAUUCCCUGAGUUCUGAUCAGUCGGAAUCAGUCAGACCCUCCCCCCCAAAACCUCAUAGAUCAAAACGCGGCGGGAAAAAAAGGCAGAUGUCCGUCAGCAGCUCGGAGGAAGAAGGAGCAUCAACUCCUGAAUAUACCAGCUGCGAUGAUGUGGAAAUAGAAAGUGAAAGUGUCAGUGAAAAAGGUGACUUGGAUUAUUACUGGUUGGAUCCUGCCACAUGGCACACUAGAGAUACAUCCCCUAUUAGCUCGCAUCCUGUAACUUGGCAACCAUCUAAAGAGGGAGAUCGGCUAAUUGGGCGUGUUAUUCUCAACAAAAGAACAACUAUGCCAAAAGAAUCAGGUGCAUUACUGGGACUCAAAGUUGUAGGAGGAAAAAUGACCGAUUUUGGACGACUUGGUGCCUUCAUUACCAAAGUAAAGAAAGGUAGCUUGGCUGAUGUGGUGGGACAUCUAAGAGCAGGUGAUGAAGUUCUAGAGUGGAAUGGUAAAGCACUUCCUGGAGCUACAAAUGAAGAAGUUUACAAUAUUAUUUUAGAAUCCAAAUCAGAACCUCAAGUUGAAAUUAUUGUUUCAAGGCCUAUUGGUGACAUUCCAAGGAUUCCUGAAACUUCUCAUCCUCCACUAGAGUCUAGUUCUAGCUCAUUUGAAUCUCAAAAAAUGGAACGGCCUUCAAUUUCUGUUAUUUCCCCUACUAGCCCAGGAGCUUUAAAAGAUGCACCACAAGUCCUACCUGGGCAGCUGUCAGUAAGUAUAAAAUUUUGA